GCUGAGAAGCAGCGAGCAUCUAGCAGCAACAGCAGAGAGUGAUCCCCAAACUCCCCCUUGUACCCGACCCAGCAGCAAGUCCCACCCUGGCCAGUACAAAAGGGAUUGACAGGGAUUCUACGAGCGAUGGAUUUGUAACAGCUGAUGAGCCCCUUGUGAGAGGAGGGGGAGGGAAGAUUGCAGUUGAGCCCACCCACCCCACACGAGAGCAGGAGGUGAGGACUGGCUCUUUGUGAGCGGCAGGCUGCAUAAGAAGAAAAGUGGUGGGGGAAAAAUGCCAGGCUGCCUGCAGGAGACUUGGAAAGGAGCGAAAGGUUGGAGCACUUGUGACCGGGGAUCUAGCCGUGCUUGUCAGAGUUCAAGAGCUGGAAGGGUCGCAGUUUGUGCUUCUGAGAUGCAAGAGGAGGAAUAAAGAGGAGGCAGUUUGUGUGCCGAUGGGGACGUAGCACCAGUGAGAUCUCUGGGGACAGCAGGACAAAGGGAACUCAUGGAUGGGCUUUACCUGCUAGGAGGGGGAGAUGGGCUGGAGAUGAUCAAUGACACCCUCAGCAGGACAAGUUGGGUGGAGGAGGACAACUCGGAGCUGUCCUUGCGGGUGGCGAUGGCUGCCCUGCUCUUCUUCCUCAUCCUCUCUACCUUGCUGGGCAACACCCUGGUGUGCGUGGCUGUGAUCAAGUUCCGGCACCUGCGCUCCAAGGUCACCAACUUCUUUGUCAUCUCGCUGGCUGUCUCCGACCUGUUCGUGGCUGUGCUGGUGAUGCCGUGGAAGGCAGUCGCUGAGGUGGCCGGCUUCUGGCCUUUCGGGGGCUUCUGUGAUGUCUGGGUGGCCUUUGACAUCAUGUGCUCCACAGCCUCCAUCCUCAAUCUGUGCAUUAUCAGCGUGGACCGGUACUGGGCGAUCUCCAGCCCCUUCCGCUACGAGAGGAAGAUGACCCAGCGAGUGGCUUUCAUCAUGAUUGGCGUGGCUUGGCUGCUCUCCAUUUUGAUCUCCUUCAUCCCUGUGCAGCUGAGGUGGCACAAAGCCAGUGAGCUCCUUGCUCAGCAGGAGCCCAGCUCCAACUCCACACAGGGCUCAGAGGAGAACUGUGACUCCAGCCUCAACAGGACCUAUGCCAUCUCCUCAUCCCUCAUCAGCUUCUACAUCCCCGUGGCCAUCAUGAUCGUCACGUACACCAGGAUCUUCCGCAUCGCUCAGCGGCAGAUCCGCAGGAUCUCCUCUCUGGAGAGAGCUGUGGAGCAUGCCCAGAACUGCCACAGCAAUGACUGCCCCCACGAGGCCUCUCUGAAGAACUCUUUCAAGAAGGAGACCAAAGUCCUCAAGACCCUCUCCAUCAUCAUGGGAGUCUUCGUCUUCUGCUGGCUGCCCUUCUUCGUGCUCAACUGCAUGGUGCCCUUCUGCGACCUUGGCCUGCACGAUCCCGGGGAGCUGCCCUGUGUCAGCGAGACAGUCUUCAACAUCUUUGUCUGGUUCGGCUGGGCCAACUCCUCCCUCAACCCCAUCAUCUACGCCUUCAAUGCUGACUUCAGGAGGGCCUUUGCCACCAUCCUGGCCUGCGGCCGUCUCUGCCCCAGCAAUGUGGUGGAGACGGUGAAUUUCAGCAAUGAGCUGGUUUCCUACCACCAUGACACCACCUACCAGAAGGACGUGGUGACUCUCAGCGACCCGCACCUUCUCCCCCAUGCCACCCUGCAGGCAGAAGACAAUGAGCUGACUUUUGACAAAGUGUCGCAGAUCUCCAAGACCUCCCACAACAACCAUGCCAACGCCAUCUUGCCAGCCGUGGUCCAUGUGGAGUGCGAGAUGGAUAUAUCACUGGAGAAGAUCACUCCCUUCACCUCCAGUGUGCUGGAUUGAAAGGGGAUCAGGAGAGGGAGUCGGGGCGGGGAGACGGGAUAUGGCAGAGAGAGGUCUGUAGCAAAUGGCCCAGUUUCUGGGGAGUGUGCAUACAGGGGAGGGAGGAGAAGAGGAAUUGCUACCCCUCUGCCUGGGAAGGAGUUUGUAUUUAUGUAUUAGCAAGUAUGUUUGUGUCUUCCUUUGUUUCUCUGAUAUACUCAGAAGAUGACUUUCUAGGGGACUGGAUGGCUUGGGGGGAUGGUGCUUUUCACCUUGAGUCCACGGGUUCAAACCCAGGGCCAGCCCAGGUUGGUAGUGAAUGGAAGUGGUUGAUGUCUGUUGGGUGCCUUAUGUCAAAUGAGUUUGGUGGGUCUCAGUGUAGUUCCUAGGAAAAAGAAAACUCCCUUGUCAUAGUUGUCAGUAGCUUCCUCUGGGAAACCAUGGCCUUGAACAGGCCCCUGAGACUGACCUUGCCUCUCAACCCAUUUAGGAGGGAAGUGGGGGAGUUUGCCCUACUGCUCCUUCUCCCAGUCCUGUGGCUAAGCAAAUGCUUUCACUCUCCUGGGCUACUAAAGUGACACAGAAAAUGCAGCAAACCAGAGGGACUGCUGCCUGCAUGAUUGUUCAUUCAAGCAGGCAGGGCUGGGUAAUGCUAUCAGCUUCAUGGGUGUGACAGCCCUACCUAUCCUGUCAGCCUUUAACUGUGGAGACAGACUUUUCUUGUGAAGCCAGUGUAGGGGAGGUAGAGAAGAGUUGCUUUACAAGACACUUUGAUCCUGGCCUUUUCCCCAGCCCCCUCGCUCACAUCUGUUUGCUUGUGCUACAGACAGCCAUCCCCUGAGACUUAGCAGGGAACAGGCAGCUAGGACACCUGGGUUCUGUUCCUGGCUA